CGAUCAGUCGUGGCCGGCGGUGCCGGAGGCCAAAGACUUUCGCGAGGGUGGACGCGCUGCGUUUUCUGCCGGACCUCUUUCGCUCUAUCUGUCAUCUGUUUUGUCCCCUCCUCUCCGCGCCGCGAUUCGCGAUCUGCGAGCUGGUCCUGGCACGUAUGACCCUGCUCCGCCGCCGCGUGCACUUUCGCGGUCGGCUUCACCACCAUCGACGUCGACCACGAUACCGAUCGACGUGUCAUCGCGACUGGUACUCGGAUCGGCGAAGUUGUUGAAUCAUCGCGAGUCGGCGACGUCGAAGGGGAUCGAGAACUAGCGGACUGUGAUCUCAAUUCGGUUUGCCGAAGACCACGUUUACAUUUCGCGAUCUUCGCCACGGUGUGACGUCCUCGACCGGCGACACGACUGACUUCCGCCGGGUGCAAGGUUGACCAACAUCCAAGGACACAGGAUCGAACGAUGCUGGCCCGCUGCCUAAUCUUCGUCGGUGCGGCGACGGUAGUGACGUCGGCGGGUGGUCAUGGGUUCGACGCGCAUCUACGCGGGCCAAGCUUCGUGAUGGAACCACCGUCAAGGGUGGAAUUUUCGAAUUCGAGCGGCGCCUGGCUGGACUGUACCGCGACCGGAAGCCCGCCGCCGAACAUCGAUUGGUCGACCGCGGACGGACAUCCGGUUAACGACAUAACAGGCGUGCGGAGGGUGCUCAGGAACGGCACGUUGGUCCUUUUACCGUUUCCGGCCGCCGCGUUCCGGCAGGAUGUGCACAGCGCGGCCUACAGAUGCGUGGCAAGCAAUUCCGUGGGCAGGGUGCUCAGUCGUGAUGUACAGGUCAGGGCAGUGGUAGCCCAGGCAUACAAAGUCGACGUUGAAGUGAUCGGGGGUGCAUCGAGAGGUUGCACCGCAGUGUUACGAUGCGUCGUUCCUAGCUUCGUGAAGGAUUUGGUGAGGGUGGUGUCCUGGUUGCAAGAACCCUCCUUUUACAUUUAUCCUUCUCUACAAGGAGACGGCAAGUUCCAUCUGUUACCAACCGGUGAGCUUCUAGUUCACAGUUUAGACUUUAGCGAUCAGAUACACGGUUAUAGAUGUCGAACGAUGCAUCGUCUCACCAGGCAGGUGGUCGUCAGUACCGUAGCCAACGUCAGGAUAGCAGAUCACAGAGGGGUGAUGCCUCCAGUGAUUCUUGAAAACUCCGGCGUGGUUCACGUCGGCCAAGAUGAAUCAACGUCAUUAGUCUGCGUGGCGCAAGCCUGUCCUACUCCAGAAUAUCGAUGGUACGCACAAACUGGUUCCGAGCCGAUGCUGGUACUCUCUGGACCAAGAACCAGAUUACUGGGAACUGUUCUGGCCCUUGAAGCUGUAACGCUGGAAGACAGUGGCAUUUACCGUUGUACUGCAUCCAACCCUGGUGGCGAAGCGAGUGCCGAAAUACGGCUGAUUGUGACCGCCCCAUUGCACGUAGAAGUGACGCCCCCGUUACUGAGCGUACAUUUAGGGGGUAAUGCCGAAUUUAGAUGCGAGGUUAGCACACACCCGCAAGCUGGACCACACUUUGUUACUUGGUACAAGGAUGGCCGACAGCUGCCAGGAACCGGUAGACAAUCAGAAUUACUGAGGCUGAACAGCAUCAAUAGGGAAGAUCGUGGAAUGUAUCAAUGUAUAGUCAGACGAUCGGAAGGCGACACUGCACAGGCCUCGGCGGAGUUACAAUUAGGCGAUGCACCACCAAUGCUGCUGUACUCAUUCAUCGAGCAAACGUUGCAACCAGGACCCGCUGUGUCUUUAAAGUGUUCUGCUGCCGGGAACCCGACACCGCAGGUCUCCUGGGCGUUGGACGGCUUUCCCCUACCAACUAACGGAAGGUUCGUCAUUGGUCAAUACGUGACAGUCCACGGUGAUGUCAUAUCGCAUGUCAAUAUCAGCCACGUAAUGGUCGAGGAUGGAGGCGAAUAUUCUUGCACGGCCGAAAAUCGAGCUGGAAAAGUUACUCACGCAGCCCGUCUCAACGUUUAUGGUCUUCCAUAUAUUCGACUGAUCCCAAAGGUAACUGCCGUUGCUGGUGAAACUCUCCGCCUAAAAUGUCCCGUCGCUGGUUACCCUAUUGAGGAGAUCAAGUGGGAACGAGCGAACCGCGAGCUGCCCGACGACCUGCGACAGAAAGUCCUACAAGACGGAACCCUCGUCAUCUCCAGCGUGCAGAAGAAGACCGACGCCGGUGUAUACACGUGUUCAGCAAGAAACAAGCAAGGACACAGCGCUAGGAGAUCAGGAGACGUCGCAGUGAUCGUUCCUCCCAAAAUUAGCCCAUUCACGGAAGAUCGUGAUGUAAACGUCGGCGAACGAAUCACAUUGACGUGCUCAGUAACGAGGGGCGAUCUGCCGCUCACGAUUUCCUGGCUCAAGAAUGGACGAUCGAUGGGACCAUCGGAACGCGUCACGGUCACCAAUAUGGACCAGUACAAUAGCAUACUGAUGAUUGAAAGUUUAUCUCCAGAUCACAAUGGCAACUACUCGUGCGUGGCCCGUAAUCUGGCCGCAGAGGUAUCACGCACGCAGCGACUUGUGGUUCAUGUACCCCCUAUUAUUGAGCCAUUUACGUUCCAAGAGGGACUAUCCGAGGGGAUGCGGACGCGGACGGUGUGCGGGGUCGCGGCGGGUGAUCCACCCCUGACAAUAUCCUGGUUGAAAGACGGCCAAAAUCCUUUUCCCUUGCCGCCGAAUCUCGCAUCCGUCCUAAACAUCUCCCAACUGGAUCCGUACUCGAGUCUCCUCAGUAUAUCGAACCUCGCGGCCGAGCACUCCGGCGACUAUACCUGCGUCGCCGCGAACCCCGCCGCCGAGGUCAGGUACACGGCCAAGCUACAGGUAAAAGUGCCUCCGCGAUGGAUCGUGGAGCCUAUGGACGUCAGCGUUGAGAGAAACAAGCACGUUGCUUUGCAUUGUCAAGCACAAGGUGUGCCUACCCCAAUCAUCGUUUGGAAAAAGGCUACAGGUAGCAAAUCCGGUGAAUACGAGGAGUUGCGAGAGAGAGCGUACACGAAAAUCCUAAGUAAUGGUACGCUGUUAUUGCAACACGUGAAAGAAGAUAGAGAAGGAUUUUAUUUGUGUCAAGCGAGCAACGGUAUUGGGAGCGGUAUUGGCAAAGUUGUACAACUGAAGGUAAACUCGUCUCCGUAUUUCGCGGCACCAUCGAGACUUGUCACUGUGAAGAAGUCAGACACAGCGACGUUGCAUUGCGAGGUGCAUGGCGACACACCAGUCACCGUCGCUUGGCUUAAAGGAAAAAUCGAGUUAAAUCCCUCGACGAACUAUCGAGUUACAGUGAAACGUGAGGUAACACCGGACGGUGUGAUAGCGCAGCUACAAAUUUCUUCAGCCGAAGCGUCUGAUAGCGGCGCGUACUUCUGUCAGGCGAGCAAUCUUUAUGGACGUGAUCAACAAUUAGUGCAACUCCUUGUACAAGAGCCACCGCAGCCGCCUAGUUCCUUAGAAACAGCCAUGGUUUCAAGUCGAAGCAUGAACGUCAAAUGGCAGCAUAAAUCGCAAGAUACCAGCGAGGUGACCAAGUACAUUCUACAAUAUAAGGAAGGCGAUGCUGGCAUGUGGCAACAACAAGAAUUCACCGGUCCACCGCUACCAUAUGCGGCACUGAUAGAUGAAUUAAAGCCGGCGACUAGAUACACUAUACGCGUGAUAGCCGAGGGGCCAGCGGGUAGAUCAGUGCCUUCGGCGGAAUUGAUUGUCAGAACUGAACCGCAAAGACCAGCAGGACCUCCGAUUAAUCUUUCAGCCAGGGCUCUGUCCUCCUCCGAAAUUUUAAUCACUUGGUCGCCGCCGUUACCGGAACUUCGCCACGGUGACAUUCAGGGUUUCAAUGUGGGAUAUAGAGAAACGAGCUCGGCAAAUCCUUCAUACAACUUUAGCUCCGUGUCCGGAGACGGAGAGGAAGGAGGUGCAGAACUUCGGCUAACAGGCCUUCGACCCUACACAAAGUACACUUUGGUGGUUCAAGCGUAUAACCAAGUUGGAUCUGGACCACUUUCCGAACCUUUGCUCACACAGACGCUGGAAGAUGUUCCAAGCAUGCCACCCGAAGACGUAAGAUGCGCUGCAUUAACUUCGCAAUCUCUUCAAGUAUCCUGGCAGCCGCCACCAAAUACGCAUAGCAAUGGUAUUAUUCAAGGGUACAAAUUACAUUACGAACCUAUCUUGGCGGAUGAGUGGCGCAGCGUCGAUGAAAUGGAAAUUCGUAAAACCAGCGCCUUAACAACCGUGCUCACGGGCCUACGAAAAUACACGAAUUAUACUAUUCAAGUAUUAGCUUUCACGAAAGUUGGGGAUGGAAUACCCACGACUGUUACAUACUGCCAAACUGAAGAAGAUGUGCCAGGUAGUCCAGCAGAUAUCAAAGUUGUGGUCAGUUCACCACAGGCACUUUUCAUCUCUUGGCUUCCACCUUUAGAACCAAAUGGAAUUAUUAAAAAAUAUAAUUUAUACACAAGAGUUGUAGACGGUCGAGAGGAACUUAAUCACGGUAAAAGAACACUGCCAGCAACGAGUACCUAUUUCGAAGCGACUGAUUUACAACAACACGUAGAGUAUCAAUUUUGGGUGACUGCUAGCACCCACGUAGGCGAAGGUCAAAGUUCCAGAGUCGCCGCGCAGGUGCCAACGAAUCGAGUACCGGCGAAAAUCACGUCCUUUGGGGGUCACGUAGUGCGUCCAUGGAGAGGAUCCGCCAGCCUUGGUUGUAACGCUGUUGGCAAUCCCACCAGAGAGUGGUAUAAAGGAUUGAGCGAACAAAUUCGUACCGAUACAACGAGAAACGUACAAAUUUUGCCAUCCGGCGAACUGGUAUUGACGAAUCUACAAUCGCAAGACGGCGGAAAUUAUACGUGUCAGGUGGAGAACGUCCAGGGCAGCGACAAGUUGCAUUAUACUUUAACUGUGCAAGUACAACCUAGUGCACCCGUUUUAUAUGUAACGAGCUCCACGUCGAGCAGUAUAUUGUUACAUUGGAAACCUGGACACACCGGUGGUGCACCACUUACAGGAUACACGUUGCACUAUAGGACGACGCAUGGUACCUUGGACGAAUUACAAUUAUCUCGUCAUGCCACGAGUCAUGAAUUAAAGGGUCUUCUUUGUGGUAACACGUACCAACUCUAUUUGACAUCGCACAAUAAAAUUGGAAGCAGUCCACCGUCACCAGUCCUCUCAGUUCGAACUCAAGGACAGGCACCAGGUAUACCGCCAGCAGCAGCUUUCCUCAGUCCGAACUCGACGACGUUGAUUCUUCGACUUCACGUAUGGCCGGACAACGCUUGCCCGAUCCUCUACUUCGUGAUUCAAUACAGACCGAUUAACGAAUUUCAUUGGACGCUGGUUUCUAAUAACGUAAAGAUGCAACGACGAUUCGUUGUGACGAAUUUACAGCCGAGCUCGGUUUAUCAACUGAAAGUCGAAGCCCAUAACGUAGCUGGCAGCAAUCAUGCGGAGUUUACUUUCGUGACGUUGACGAAGGAAGGCGAACCUCCGCCUCCAGAAUUGUCGAAACGCGGGAUUGCCUCGGCUGUUCCGUUUUACGCGGACGUGAAAGUGAUGCUCCCUCUGAUCAUAGCAACUGUUGCCUUAGUCGUCGCCGUAAUCAUGAUAACUCUUCGCUGGCGAAGCAGAUAUCUCGGAGAUAGAAUGCAGCGGCCAAUGAAGGAGACUCAGGAGAAUCAACAAAACGCGGAGACCCAACGGGAACGUUACUAUGCGACGAUUCACAAGGUGGCUUUGCAGCAGGCAACGAAUACGGGCGGAGGGCCCGACAAGAUUCCAGAGACAGCGGAGGACAUCUCGCCGUACGCUACGUUCCAGCUUUCGGAGGGUGGCGGGGGAAGCCUGGCAGGCUUGGGAGGGUUGGGCGGACUGGGAGGCGCGGCGGAAGCUUCAGCAGCCGGCCUCCACCCGAACAACACUCUUCUACACAGUUUCAUGUAUCACGAGCACGCAAUGACCGAAGGCUGCGCCAGCCCUCCACCUGCCGCGACGAGCAUGAAGAGCGUUUCGUCAAGGAGACGACAGCAGAGAAAGCAACACACUCCGGGCGACGUCGAGAGCGACGAGAGCGAAUCUGACCCGGAUCAACUGACGAGCUCUCGCACGGAGUCUUCGAACCAGCUGGACGCUGGCAAACUCAAGCACAUUCGGGCCGUUUCCGAUUUCAUUUACCACGGUACGUCGAGCACUUCUUCGGACAUUUCACCCAUGUCAGAGCAGAAGUCACUUCCCCGAAGAGGACGAUCUAGAUGGCAUGUUCCCAGCAGGAGUUCCCUACGCACACUGUUACCACCGAUCUCGGUCGCGGAGACCACGUUUGUAGGUAAUCAGGGGAACGUGGUACCUAGCAAUGGCGAACGUACCGAUCGACCGGAGCUCAGCGAGGCCGAAUGCGACAUCGACUCCUUGAAGAAGUUAAAACUCGGCCUGAGGAGCUCCCUGUGGUCAAGGCCAAGUACUCAAAAUAAUCCUUCCUCCGAUUAUUCCAUCGCCGUUUAAAUCUCCCCUACUUUCUUCCCCUGUGUGCCUCCCUUUAACUUUCCCGUAGGUCUAAAUAUCUACGUUCUUUCUCCAUAUGAUCCCAUUAUGGUCCAAAAGAAUUUAGGUAAAAUAAAAAAGAUCCUUUUAUCUGGUGUCUCCCGUCGGAUGUUUCGACGUGCGAUUAGGUUUAAAAAGAGGAAAAAUAAGAAAUUGAACGGUAGAACGUGGUGGCGUGUAGAUACACGCGUUCGUUUCCCUUCUUCUCUCUGUCGAUUAUAGAUGAAGAUUAAAUUAUAUUCGUUGCUGAGAAUCGGUAAAUAAAUCGCUCAUAGAUAACGGGGAGAAUUAAGGUACGAAAUAAUAGUAAUUAUCAUCGUUUAAUUCCCGAUUUCUCUAUAAUAAUUAAUUUAUUUGUUACCAAUUUUACAAAACCACUCGUUUAAUGCGAACAUUGAUUGUUAUCAUGAUCUAACUUAAUCAUAGAUCAUUAGAAGUCUACACAAAUGGAACUCAAGUACAUUACGAUAUUACCUUUCUCUUCUUUAUCUAUGACGCAACAACAUAUUGUAUCCCUGCGUGCGUAUACGUGACGUGUGUGAAUGACCAAGAGAUUGAAUGAGUUAAUUGCGUGUAGCGUGUAAUGAGUGCGUGCCAAACGACAAUUUGCUCAGACCGCUGCGACUCGUUUGUUGGCGGGCGACCCAUUCGAGAUCAAAGACUUAAUCGUACGGACAGAGCACGGGAAAGUCCUUGCAGCACCAGCGAAUCGUGUAAAACGACGACGACGUCUUCUCGCACUCGUGGAAAUGUCAUGUUUCGAACGAAAACGAGCGUCUCAAUACUUUUGCGAACGUUGAACGAUGGGCUUUGAAUGUUUCUUACCAACCGCGGAACGCCGUGGAAUUGAAUUGAGCCAAUUAACUUACCUUAAAGCCUU